CACAUCAGUCCCAAUCGCUCGCGAAUCUCUCUCCCACAUAACAGAAUCGCUCGCGAAUCUCUCUCCCACAUCAGUCCCAAUCGCUCGCGGAUCUCUCUCCCACAUCAAUCCCAAUCUCUCUCGCUCGCUCGCGAAUCUCUCUCACCAUCCGAACGGAUAUGGCGGCCUACAGAUCAUCGCUAGAAGAUCAAGAUCACUUCUGUGCAAUGUUGGGAUGUUACCUGGCUAGGGCACCAGGUGACUUCCACUGCUGUCCAGGUCAUUUACAGCUAGCUACUCAACUAUCUGAUCGUCCUUUCAGACUCUAUGGAGAGUUUUCUGCUAACUCAGAGAGAGAUGCCUGGUGCGCUUCACUUCUGGUCUUUGAGAGCAACCAUAUUCCAACAGGAGUACCACAUCUUGAUCACAAUGACCAUUUAUUCGAUAAACUUCCUUGGAAUGCGGGAGACACGUUCGAGGUCCCAAACCAUCAUGAUCGCUGCGCUUUCUUGUUCUUUAAGGAAAAGCCUCUAUCUUACGGAGCGAUUUACAAGGAUGGACCCGAAGAAAUAAAAUGGAAAGGCAACGGGAAUAAGCAGGUUAUAGAACACAAAGGAGCUGAUCUUAUAAUCGAGGGUGUAUCUCUCCGCUUCAGCGGUGUCAUACCAGUGAAGAUAAAGAGCAUCCAACAGGGGUGGUGGAUGCUUACACACUUCCUUUACCAAGACCAUUCACUAUAUUGUAUGUCUUAUGAAAGAAAGAGUCCUCGUGAUACUGAAGAUAAAGAUAGAGGGAGUGACGAAGAAGAAGAAGCUGAUGGCAAGGAUGAUGAUGACAAGACAAAUGCAAAGGAAGCAGAGAAGGAUCCAUGGAUCUCCAAUCCAAAGGGGGCAAGAACAAGGAUAACCCGGCCUAGAAAUAUGAGUUCCUUUGGGGGUUUUGGUCGUAAGUUUAAUUCCAAUCCUCCAAAUCUACUUGCUUCCGGGACUGAUGAUGGAAUCUCUUUUCUAUCGUGGAGUAGAAAAGUUCAACAAGUAUCUUCAUCUACCUUAUACGAUGGGACUACUGGUGCGAUUGCAAUAGAGCGUAAAUCUUCUGGGGCUGAUGAUGGUGAAAUUAGCGUCUGGGGUUUACCUAAGUCUUCAGAGCCUUCUCAUUUCCGACUUCUGAAGGGUAUUGGUUCUGCUACGCAAGAUGAAAACCCUUGGAAUAGAAAAGUUCAACAAGUAUCAUCAUCUACCUCAUACGAUGUGGCUACUGGUGUGUUUGCAAUGGAGUGUAAAUCUUCUGGGGCUGAUGAUGGUGAAAUUAGCGUCUGGGGUUUACCUAAGUCUUCAGAGCCUUCUCAUUUCCGACUUCUGAAGGGUAUUGGUUCUGCUACGCAAGAUGAAAACCCUUGGAAUAGAAAAGUUCAACAAGUAUCAUCAUCUACCUCAUACGAUGUGGCUACUGGUGUGUUUGCAAUGGAGUGGUGUCCAAGUAGCAGCUCGUAUCUUCCUACCUGUGCUAAAGACAAACAAACUAUUUUCUGGUACACAAAUACAUCAGUGGGUUUCUAUGGCGUUGAAGAGAAUCAUUUUCGUACUGCUCCUCUAAGAGCACCAAAAUGGUAUAAGCACUCUGUUGGAUUUGGAGGAAAGCUUGGUGCAUCUGCAAAGGGUGCUUCGACCAUUCAAUCUGAGGUUUCUCUGCAGAGCCUGGUCACAGAACAAAGUUUGUUGAAGCAAACAUCUGAAUUUGAAGAGGAAGAAAGUUCUGGCUCAGCACCUGAUGAUGCCAUCCAGCGUGCUUUGGUUGUUGGAGAUCAGAAGGAAGUAGUGGUGGAUCAGUCAUCUGCAAAUAAGAUGGCCGAUGUUUUGGUUGGUGGCAGAGCAGUACCGGUGAGAAACAUUUGAAGACGAGCAGAGCAGCUUAAAUGAAGAUCCCACAAGUCUUCUCUCUACAAGGUCACAUCUUCUAUACUAAGAAAGAGGUAUUCAAGUAAGGGAGCAACAAGAGAAGAUAUGGGAUCUCAAGUUGGAACUGGAGCAUGUUUGGAGAAGAUAAGAUCAUACACGAUAAAUCACACAUAUAUAUAUAUAUUUUACCUUCAAGGUCAUGAUGGUCUGUGCAAUGCGUAUGAUAUGUCUUAGUUUUUCUUUUACAGGACUGAACAUAGGCUGAAGAUGAAUUUCUCGAAGGGGUUUAGACAUUUCUUGGGAAAGUUGGAAUGUCUUGAAACCGUGAGAGUUGGAAUUGACGCAGACAACACCAUCUUCUUGCGAGCUAAUUUGUUAACUCUCCCCAUAGUUUCAUCAAAUUGCGACAACAUCCAGUUCAUCUGAUUCUUUUCUUUCUCUUGGUUUCUCAAUAUCUGAUUUUUACCUGUGUCAAACCAUAUACUUGAAAGGGAAAAAUAAAUAAAAAAGUGUCAUUGGUGAGGUUUGAACCAUGGUUUAGGGGUGUCAAGAGGUACACUUCACCAAUAGACUGGAUUUACACAUGUUUUAUGAUCGAAACAUUAUUUUGCUGUAAUAUAGUUUCGAUCUUAGGAUCGAUGUUCUUUUCCGAAUAGCGGAUAUAAAAUUUCGCGUAUGCGAUUUUAUUUU